AUGAACGCACGGCCGAUGGAGGUGUUUGUGUCGUUGGCUCGCCCAAGCACCGCCCCAACAGGAUCAACGCGAAGGAAACAUGAGCUCGGCAGCCUCUCAGAGCAUCAGCACACGCGGCUCCUUCGCAUGUCGUCGUCGACCGGCCGACCAAAGCGUGCAAGCACGCGCCACCACCGCCACCUCUCCCAUGCUGAAACACUUGUGGAGGAGGAGGAAGAGGAGGGGCCAGUGACAGACGGUGCUGCCGUGGGCGCACGCCGACCAGCACCACACCGACACCACAAACAGCAGCAACGGCAGAAAGAAAGCGACACAGUGACAUCAGCCAAGGAUGCACAAGAGCAGCUGCAGGCAGAAGAAGAGGAGGCCAAGGAACCAGAGCAGCAAGCGGAGCCACGCGUGGGGCAGGAGGAUGACGUGUUUCCACCACCACCACCGGGUGCAACCAUUUCAGGCGACAGUGCAAGCUCCAGCGAAGACGAAGAAGGCGAGCAAGGCGAAGAUGGAGACAAGGUCAUCCACGACAGGCACAUGCAGGCCAGGGCGCAUAGGGCUAAGCACCGUGCCUCUGCUGGUGGCAAUGAUGAGGAUGAAAGCGAGGAUGAAGAGAAUGACGUGUUUGCAGAGUCAACACCAGCACAGCUGAGCGAACAACAACAGCGUGGUGGCGAUGGUGGGCCUGGCAACCGGCCCCUUGUGAACUUGGCCAAGUACCGCAGUGAUCGUCUGCAGCGGCAGCGGGAGGAGUCUGCAAAGGCGAUGGCGAGAAUACAGGCGGAGUUUGAGGCACGGCACAGCCACCGAUCCUCCACAAACGGUGGCGCUGGUGAUGGAAAUGGGUCGCGUAGUGGUGGUGCUGGUGGCGGGGCUCCGGUGCAGGUGGUUGACGACGGUGAUGGGUGGGAUGAGGACUGGGAGGCGGCGAAACAGGCGGUGUUUGCUGAGCUGCUGAAGAUGGACGUUCGCGCGCGGUCACGACACGUGCGCAAGAUGACACCUGCGAUGCGGCAGGAAUGGGUGGCCCACUCCAAGCGGGUCAAGGAACAACAACAACAACAACAACAACAACAACAACAACAACAACAACAACAACAACAACAACAACAACAACAACAAGAGAAAGAGGAACGAGCGUCAAGAGCACCGCCAUUUCCGUCCUUCAACACUCUGGCUUCGGCUGAAUCUGGUCAACAGCUUGAACAGCCGCAACAGCCGCAACAGCUGGAAGAGCAGCAACAGCAGCAACAGCCAGAGGAAGGAAAGCGUGUCAGUGUGAGUUCGCCCGCAAGUUCACGGCCAUCACGCAAAGGCAGUGCUUCGGAGAAGGACACGCGGCGCCCAACCACACCGGGAUCCACAACCUCGUCCUCAGCGUCAGCGCCAACACCACGCAGCACUUUCACAUACCGUCUGGCCAACGCCGCAAACCGCAGCUCACUCGUGUAAUGUAACGUCACAGCAGAACGUGCACAUGCCAUCAGUGUCAACGUUUACUUCUGUAUCGUCCGCUCCACAUUGACGUUGUUCAUGCAAUGGUUCUCGCUGCCUCCUCCCUUUCCCUGAGAGGGUUGCGCAGCUCCCCGCACGCCCCUGUUGUAUCUGCCCACCUUCGUGCUUGUUUUCAUCGUGUGACUCGAAAAGAGUGAUCUACUUGCUGCGAGAGCACGCCACAGCGCACGCAUCGCAGGUCACGUCUUAAUCAUAAACAACAAACAGCGA